AUGACCUACUUUUUUAUUUUUAAUUCAUUAUCAUUAACCUUGUUGGUUAUAUUUACUCUUAUUUUCGUCUAUUAUGUGUAUAAUUUGCGCACAAAUAAUAUCUUUCGUCGACUUGGAAUGCCAAGUCCACCACCUAUUCCUGUAUUGGGCGAACUGUAUAAUGCCAUGAAAAAAGGAAUGUAUGCAAAUGACCUUGAUCUUGUUGGAAAGUAUGGCAAAAUUAUCGGUGUUUACGAGGGCAACGCUCCUGUUGUUCUCUUGUCCGAUCCGGAUCUCCUUCGAAAGGUUCUCAUCAAAGAUUCACAUACCUUUAUGAACCGACGGCCAUUCGACGGUGCAGCAGGAAUUUUGGAACAUAGCUUGAUAGCUUUAAAAGAUGAACAUUGGAAAAGUGUACGAUCUAUUAUCUCACCGGCGUUCUCCACUGCCAAACUUAAAUCGAUAUUUGGACUGAUGAAUGAGGUCAGCGAAAUCUACAAAAAACGUCUCCUUGAAUAUGCUGAUAAACAAGAAACAUUCGACAUCAAACAAUUGAAUGGUGAAUUCACAUUGGAUAAUAUUACAACAUGUUUGUUUGGCGUUGAAACAAAUUCGUUGAGCAAUGAAAAUGUCGUGUUGAUUAAAUAUUUGAAAAAGUUCUUCGCCUUUAGUCUGGCAAAUCUAUUUCUCAUAGUAUUAUUUAUAUCGCCGCGGUUGGCAAAAUUCUUGGGAGAAAAAGGCUUUUCGAUUCUACCACGAGAUUCUGUCGAAUAUACAACAAAUAUCCUCAAUCAAAUCCUGGACCGUCGGCGACAACGUGUUGAGCGACGAAAUGAUUUUAUUCAAAUGAUGAUCGAUCAUGAGGAAGACGUCAAAAACGAAACCGAAGAUCAACAUGCAGAAGAACAUCAGAGGAAAACAACGAAGAAAACCUUGAAUGACAAAGAAAUACUUGGUCAAACAUUUGCAUUUCUGUUCGCUGGCUAUGAAACGACCAGUGUGCUAAUGUCGUUCUUCUUCUAUGUCAUGGCCACUCAGCCACAUAUUCAAGAAAAAGUCUAUGACGAGAUUCAACAAGUUAUUGCAAAUAAUGAAGUAACUUAUGAGAAGUUGAGUGAACUUCACUAUUUGGAUAUGGUCAUCAGUGAAACACUUCGAAUGUAUCCACCAAUAUUCAGAUUCGAGCGUGUUGCAUCGACUGACUAUCAACUGGGCGAUUAUCGCAUACCAAAAGGAAUAGUCAUUAGUGUACCUGUGUAUCCUAUUCAUCACGAUCCACAAGUAUGGCCGGAGCCAGAAAAGUUCAUUCCCGAGAGAUUUUCAACUGAAGAGAAAGGCAAACGAGAUGCAAUGAGUUAUCUUCCAUUUGGCGAUGGACCACGAAAUUGUCUCGGGAUGCGAUUUGCGCUGCUUGAAGUUAAACUUGGAAUUGUGAAAGCAUUGCGCGCAGUACAAAUCCAACAAUGCGAGAAAACGGAAAUUCCGAUCCAAUUGAAUCGAUCAUCGACUCUAUCAAGUAAAAAUGCUAUCUGGAUUCGUGCUGUGCGUCGCGUCUGA